AUGUCGAACAGUAGUCAACUCGUGAUGGCUGCUCAAACAACAAACACGGGGGUGGUACCAGAAAUAGUCAAAGAGAAAGCUGAUGAUUCCAUCAUCUACCAGGACAACAACAUAAUGAGUGAUCAUAACAACAACAACAACGUGGAUUCAGCUUUCAUUGCUCUGACAGCCGCCGAAACAUGGUUGGAAGGCGGCGGUCAUUUGGUGUUCCUACCAAACAACAACAACAACAACAACAAGCAGGGACACACCAAUAAAGGAGAUCUGUCAAAACACAAGGCAGCCGACGGCAAAGAACAAGGAGGAACGAAAACCACCGUUUCAACUGCCGCAGCUACCGCUACUAGUGCAACGAAUCAUCAAACAGCAUCAUCUCACCAUUCUGCUCGUCCUGGAGCAUACCGUAAUGUAGAAGAAACGUCGGAACGUGCAUCAUCCAACAAGGGAUUAUCCCGCACUCGGGACGACCUGGCGGAGAAGCUGAAUGCCACACGGGGCAAACAACAUUCGCCAAGAUCCAGUGCCACCACUUCCACUAUACUACUACGCUCCGCAAUAAGACAGAACAAUAGUAGUACCAAUGUCAUGGAAUGUCAUGGGCUACGACGAUCCCAAGAGGAGCAGCAAGCCAAACGGGCAAUGUGUAUGACACCACAACUACUAGUAGUAGACCGCAGCAGCAGCACAACAGCAGCAGAAUCUACCAACAACAGCACAUGGUGGUGUGAUGGCAAGGACAAGUUUGCGUGGGUUGCGCAAGAACAGCAGAACUUCUGCAGCAGGGCCUGCUGCGGAUCGUUGUCGCCAUGA